GCGUCUGUCAGUUUUGUCGUUGUGUGUUUUAUAACAAAAUAAAGAAAUUGUAAAAUUGAAACAAAUAUCAAAGUAUGGCGGAGGGCAACGCACAGAGGAAAGUAUUGAUAGCAAUGGACGGAAGUAAACACGCAACCGGUGCAUUUGAAUGGUUUGUGAAGAAUAUGUAUAAAGAUUCAGACACUGUGAUCAUGGUAUAUUGUGCAGAAUCGGGUGACAACUUAAUACAAUUUUCUCAGCUGGAAAACCCGAGUGUGAUUCCUACAAUGAUUGCAGAGCAUGACAAAGAAGUUCAGAAAGUUUUACAAACCAUAGACGAUAUUGCCAAGAAACAUAAAGUUGAACAUACAGUGGAACGUUUACACCAGCCGGCGGGAGAGUCGAUAGUGAAGGCAGCUAGAGACCACAAAGCUGAUAUCAUUGUAUGUGGCACUCGGGGUUUGGGUGUGAUACGGAGGACUAUAAUGGGUAGCGUGAGCGACUACAUAGUUCACCAUUCACAUGUACCCGUCCUAGUAUGCAAACUUGAAGACGUUACCUCUGAAUAGAUUAGUCAGAUUAUGGGAGGAUCUGUUGUGACGUACGAAAGCGUAAUAUUUUGGAGGAUUGUUUGAAU